CUUCGUUCUCCUUCGAGGGUAGAGACGAAGACCAUCAGUUCUCUUUCAUCUCUCUCAACGCAUAGAGUACAUGGCCGUCGUCACCGGAGACUCAGAGCCAGCUGAUUUUCCUCAUGAUCCCCUCUUGCCAUGGCUAUUGUCAAUCAAGAAGGCACUCGAAGAAUGGAAAUCAGGAAAUUCUAUCUCCGUUGAGGAUCUCGACAAGCUUCUUUCGGCCUGUAUUGCAACUUUCAAGCACAACGCAAAGUACCAUAAUGACACCAGAUUUCUCAAGAUUUGGUUCCUCUAUCUGGAAGGUCGUGAAGAUUUUGACGAUGUUUAUAGAGAAAUGGAGGAGAACAAGAUAUGUCUAGACCACUCUUUGCGUUAUGAAUGGUACGCAUUGUUUCUCGAAGCAAAAGGAAAGUGGCAGGAUGCACAUAAGGUGUACCAGAUUGGAAUUUCAAGGAAAGCUGAACCUCUUGAUAGACUGAAAGGAGCACAAACCUUAUUUUUUGACAGAAUGUCAGAGAGGAUCCGUGCUUUUUCACCACAUGAGAUUUGCAGUGGUGAUUCCAUUCAGUUUGGAAAGAGUUCUAUUAAUCCAUGGUCGAGCUCCACCAUGAAAGACAUAUUGAAGAAGAUGAAUCCUCAAAUAACUAAAUAUGAUGGAUACCAUUCAAGUAAUAAAGCUUACUCUGGAAAAGUCCCCAUAUCUUCUCUGAAGAAUUCAUCCAGAAAUAAGAUUAUAGAGAUAGGAGGAAAGAAGUACCUGAUCAAGGGUUGUGCCGGGCAGGGUGGUUUUGCUCAAGUAUUCAAAGCCUAUGUCGACAGCAAUCCUGAUGAUGUUGUGGCAUUAAAGAUACAAAAGCCGGCUUUUCCUUGGGAAUUUCACAUGUAUCGUCAACUAGAUAAGCGCAUCUCUGGCCACCAUAGAUCAAGCUUUGGUUUUGCUCACAGAAUGCAUCUAUAUUCAGACUGCAGCAUACUCAUUUGUGACUAUUUACCUCAGGGGACGCUUCAGGAUGUAAUUAAUUCUUACGUGGUUAUGGGAAAAUCCAUGGAAGAAGUUUUAUGUAUGUACUAUACCAUAGAGAUGUGUUACAUGCUGGAAGCUUUGCAUGGUGUUGGCAUAAUCCAUGGUGACUUCAAGCCUGAUAAUUUGCUGAUUCGCUAUGCUAGGGAAGAGCUCACAGAAGAAGGGUUUGCCGACCGAAGUGGCCCUUGGAAUGAUCAGGGUCUUUGCCUUGUUGACUGGGGGAGGGGAAUAGAUUUGCUUCUCUUUCCUGAAAACACAGAAUUUAUAGGAGAUUGCCGCACUUCUGGCUUUCGUUGCAUUGAGAUGCAAGAGAAAAAGCCAUGGACAUUUCAGGUAGACACAUAUGGACUUUGUGUUGUCGUGCACAUGAUGCUCCACAAUUCUUACAUGGAAGUUGAAAAGAAAGCAUCGUUUGAUGGUGGCUACAUUUACCUACCCAGAUCAUCUUUUAAACGAUAUUGGAAUGUUGAUUUGUGGAAGGAUCUCUUCACAAAGCUAUUGAAUGUCAGCCCUGGCAGUGACAACAAGAUUUUGUUGAGGGAUUUGAGGAAUUCCUUCCAAGAUUAUAUUUACUCUACACCUCAGCUUCUCAAGAAACUAAAAGAGUUAUUGGCAAAGCAAAGGGCUUCCUUGUGCACCGCCUAGGAAAAGUAAUAAAAAAUGAAGUGUGGGAUUGCUGCUUUCUCAUCAGCAGGCUAUAUAUUUACAUAUAUGUAGAGUUGUUGGGAGUUUCUUCAAGUUUGGAAUUGAUUUUCUUUUUCUUUUUUUUUUCUUCUUUCCAGUUGUAAUUUCAUCAUUGCAGUUGGUUUAUGCCAACAGAACAACUGUACAACCCAACUUAGAAAAACCAAACCUGACAUGUUUACUAAUAAAACUUGGCAGAUGUACAUAAACGGCCAACAUUCACAUCA